CCCUUUAUAAUUUUGUCGACUAAAAAAGAUUACGUCUAGACACCCCAACUUUUUACUUGGUCCGGUUGUAGUGUUGACGGCUGGAUGAUUUUUGAAGCGAAGUCGGUAGAUUUAAAAUACGAAUCCAACCCCCUUUUUUUAAGUUCAUAAAGCAAAAACCUAAAGAUUUGUUCCCCUAUAUUCGAUCGUCAUUACAACGCAAUUCAGAAAUUCAUAUCUAGAAUCACUAUUAUCCUUCAUAUCGACCCACGAAUUCGGCACUAUUAUUGUCCAUUAUAGACCACCUACUCACCAUCUUCAAUUCUGUAGUUGAAACCCUACUCCUCUGAUUUGUCUCAAUUAGAUUCAGUCAUUUGCCGAAGAAAGGGGGAAGAAGAUGAAGAUCACCGCGUUACUAGUGUUGAAGUGCGACGCGAGAUCCGACGGAUCGGAACCCGUGAUACUAGCAAACGCGACAGAUGUGAGUCAUUUUGGGUACUUCCAGAGGGUCACCGUCAAGCAGUUCAUCGUCUUCGUUGGUCGGACCGUCGCCAAACGCACCCCUCCCGAUCAACGCCAAUCCGUCCAACACGAAGAGUAUAAGGUGCAUUCAUACAACAGAAAUGGUCUAUGUGUGGUGGGCUUCAUGGAUGAUCACUACCCUGUUAGAAGUGCUUUCUCUGUAUUGAAUAAGGUAAUAGAUGAGUAUCAAAAGUGUUUUGGUGAUUCAUGGAGGACAAUACAAGCUGAUAGCACCCAACCUUGGCCUUAUCUAAACGAAGCUUUAACCAAAUUUCAGGAUCCUGCUGAGGCAGAUAAGCUGUUGAAAAUUCAGAGGGAGUUAGAUGAAACCAAAAUUAUCCUUCAUAAAACCAUUGAUAGUGUUCUUGAAAGAGGGGUAAAACUUGACAGUUUAGUUGAAAAGAGUUCAGAUCUCAGUGCAGCUUCACAGAUGUUCUACAAGCAAGCAAAGAAGACAAAUCAAUGUUGCACAAUAUUAUGAGUAUAGAAAUUCUUAUGACACACUUUUCACUUGAUUUUAAGUAAAAGGUUUUUCACUUUCAUGUGUUGAAUCAUUUGGAGAUAAAUUACAUGUAAUAUUUGUGUCUACUAUUUCUAAAGCCUAAAUCCCAUGUACCAUAAUACUACUCAUGAUGUCUAUGUUUAUGUUUUAUUUGUAAUGUUUUUUUAACUAAAAGUUUUAAGGAUUUGAUAUUUUUUAAAAGCUAAAA